CGACAGUUAGAUUCACCUCUGUGCACACUGCGAAACUCUCCAACCGCUCAGUAGAGACAAUCCAGUCCUCUCACAAACGAUGACCACCGACCUCAAUGACGCGACUGCGUCUCUCUCCCUCACAAGUCCCCCGGGACCAGACGACCUCUCCCCUCUCGAACAGGACGUCUUGGAGGAGUAUGAGCGCCUGGCUGACAAUAUGAAGAAGCUCGCAUCCCUCCUUGACGGGUUGGCAGGCGCACCGACCGCUGAAAUUCUGGAUGGACUGCUACAGUUGGAACGCAAAACAAGCUUGGUGUUUACACUCCUGAAGGCGAGCGUGUACAGUAUUGUGCUACAGCAGGAGAUUUACUCUGGCGAUCAAGGUGCUGGACAGGAUCACUAAGGGCUAAUUCUGGAGAUUGGCUCCUGGGAAGGCGUGGGCUGAGGGAAUGGGAGUUAUGGCGUUAAGGAUACCCAGGAUUGCUGGUGUGAGAAUGAAUAAAGGCACAAAAUAAAUGACCGGGCAGCAGUGGCUUCUUAUCUUAUAUAUACUACAAAUUCGCUAUACAGUACCACCUCUAAACGUAUCAG